CGACGAGCUACAGACCAUUCAGGAGCACAGCGCAGCUGGUACGGAGAGCGGCUCGGAGUGAGCGACCGGAGAACGAAAAAAUUACCCCCCAAAAUAACGGCAGGACGUAGACUUGUUAGCGCCAGUCCACCCUUGUACGCUUUUCGCACUCUUUUUUCCCUUCCCUAGCCAAAAGCUAACUUUCUGAGAGAUCCCCCGAUCUCUGUUAUUCCGUUUCGUGAACAAAUCCACAAAUCUACCAAUCAGCAAACAUGAGUUCAAAGCAGAGUCCCGGCGUCCUGGACCAAAUUGGAAAAUUCUUCGGCGGGGACAAGAAGAAGAAGAGCAAGGGCUCCUUCCGUGGUCUGUCCUCCUCCCCCGCGCGACCUGCCGCUUCCUCUCGUCGCAAGGGGGAUGAGAACGCGGUGGUGCACUUCUUCAGAACCAUCGUCUCUCCUGCCCCACCCAAGUCUAAGGCCGACCCCAAAGCCAAGAAAGGCCAAGCAGCGGGGGGCACGGGGACGCUGACCAGGAUCUUCAAAACGAGUGGAAGCAGGUCCGCAUCGCCAGCCAAGCGCUGAUGAGGUUCCCUACACCUCCGACCGCGAAAGAAGGGAACAGAAGAUGGGGUGAAAAAACAGAGGUGGAAAGGAGGAGAUGAAAAAAAAUGGAAGAAAAAAAAACAAAUGCAAAAGAAAACCUGGAUCUCUCUCCUGAAGUCGCCUGGCAGUUACCCCUCUGGCCCCGCACAUCUGUCUAAUGCACUAACCUCAGCAGCACAUCGGCUAUCGCCUUCCUGAUGGCCCGAGGCAACACAAUCUGUGCCUUUCUAGCCCCCCAAAACGUUGGCUACCCUCCUUCUACGCAGCCUUCCAGUUUUGUCAAGUUCCAUUUACUGUAUUUGUAGUCCCCACCAGUUGAGUCGCGCCAUCCAGCACGUACAGUAGCCUAUGUCUUCUCAGUCAAGCCUCCUCCCCCCCCCGACCUCAUAUGUCUUUGGCCUGCAAGUGUUUUUUUUGUUUUGUUUUUUUCUUUUUGUCUGAUUGUCAUGAAUGUAAUAACAUCGUAACCACAGCAACAGACUGGGCCUGACUUGGGCAGGUUCAAGAUAACCGUCUAGCUACAGACCUUCAGUGUGCCUUAGGUCCAGCUCUGAUUGUGUGUGUGUGUGUGAAUGUGUGUUUUUUUUUUAAAUGUCAUUGAGUCUUGUUGCACCUGUCUGUGUGUUUCCCCUGUCUUUAUAUAAUCAAGUACAGCUUACUUAAAGUCAUGUUUGAAGCCAUAGAUAUGCAGUUACAUUACAUGUGUUGUGUGAGGCACUACAGGCUUCCUUAUUAUUCAUGUGCUGAUGUACUGUAUAAGGACGUUGUGCAUUCUAUCUAUCAAGAUCCACUCUGUCUCGUCUUGUGCAUGUGUGUACUCCUCCUGUGUUUCCCAAAUGAAAAGCUUUGACUGGGCAAGAGUUGUUGUAAUUGUCUCUUUUGAACGCUACCUAAACACUAUAACUUUUGAACAGAUUUCUAUCUUUGUUGCAUUAUUGAUUGAUGAGUUUUUAACAAUAAAUGGGUAUAGUUAUCCUUUCCUAACAA